AUGGCACCGCCUCGUAGCGAAAAGAGCCAAUUGAAGCGCCAGCGCGGUUCGUUGCCCGAGGACGUAACAGAAUCCAAGAAACCUCGGAGAUCAGAUCGUCUGUCGUCGCACACCGCUGCUGCCGUCGCCGCGGACAAGACCCCCGUCGUCAACAAGCAGCAUCUCCCGUCCCCCGUCACCCACGUAUACAACGGCGAAUCGAGUGAUGCCUGCCAACGGUCACCUCCGGCUCCUCUGGUGCAAGCCAACGAUGGAUUGACUCCGCGCAAGACUGACGAAGCAUGGCCCCAGGGUCAAGCUCUGUCAUCGCCGCCCGAAGACACCCAGCCUCUCAGCCAGUACGCCGAAAAGCAUCCUGCCUUGUCCGACGAGGUCGAGGAUGAAGUCAAGGAGGGCGUUUGGGGCUAUCUAGUGUCUCUGCAUCCUAAAUACGGCGACAAACCUCUGGUGCUGAAGAAGCGGAAUGCGUGCCCGCUGCCUGACUCGGUGGCUGCCGCCAACGGAAAGAAGCAGGCUACCAACAGCAGAUCCGCUCCCAGGCAAGCCGAGGAAACCUAUGAGCGAAACAAAGCCAAGGGACCAGCUUCUGGUGGUUAUCUCAUAGGUCGACAUCCCGAAUGCGAUAUCGUGGUUCAAGACGGCGUGGUUUCGAACCGCCACUGUCUCCUUUUCACCGAGAAUAAGGGAACAGAUACCGUGGCCAUUGUUGAGGAUCUUUCCAGCAAUGGGACCUAUGUAAACGAGGCCAUUGUUGGUCGGAACCAGCGCCGCGAGUUGGAAGACCAGGAUGAGAUUGCAGUCCAUGGCAAGGCGAGAUUUGUUUUUAGAUAUCCGCAGAGUCGGCAUACGAGCGAGUUUCUGCAGCAGUACACCUUGUUGGAAAAGCUCGGCAAGGGCCACUUUGCCGAAGUCUACCUCUGCAUCGAGAAAGCAACCGGCCAACGGUACGCCGUCAAGAUUUUCACCAAGCCACCUGGCAUGGAGGAUCGAUCCAAGACUGAAGGUCUGCAACAAGAGAUUGGCGUGCUGAUGGGAGUGAGCCAUCCCAACGUGCUGUGCCUCAAGGAUACAUUCAACGAGCGUGACCGCGUGUACCUUGUCCUGGAACUAGCCUCGGGAGGCGAGCUCUUCAACCUCAUCGUCAUGAAGAAGAGACUUACAGAGGAUGAGACGAGAAAAGUGUUCUUGCAACUCUUCCAGGGCAUCAAGUACUUGCAUGAACGUAAUAUCGUCCACCGAGAUAUCAAACCGGAAAAUAUCCUACUUGUAGAUAAUGACCUGCAUGUCAAGUUGGCCGACUUUGGCCUCGCCAAGAUCAUUGGUGAAGAGUCCUUCACCACAACCCUUUGCGGCACUCCUAGCUACGUUGCGCCAGAGAUUCUCGCCGAAUCCAAGCAUCGCAAGUACACGAAGGCGGUCGACAUCUGGUCCCUUGGUGUCGUCUUGUACAUUUGCCUCUGCGGCUUUCCUCCCUUUUCGGACGAGCUCUGUUCCAGAGACUUCCCUUACAACCUGUCACAGCAGAUUCGAAGCGGACGUUUUGACUAUCCCUCGCCAUACUGGGAUUCUGUGGGUGACUCAGCUCUUGAUCUCAUUGACUCCAUGUUGAUCGUGGAUCCGGAACGAAGAUACACAGUUGAUCAAUGCCUCAGCCACCCUUGGCUGACCCAAAGCGGACCCAAUGUCAACGACAGCACGUGCGGCCUUGUUGGGGGAAUCGCCGGGCUCGAGGUCAACCGCCGGGCCCCUGUCCGGGAGCGAACUCUUCUCGCCGAUCUGAACUCCGUUCACGUCACUACCCUCGUUGGCGUCGGCACUGAUAAAAAGGCUGUCAAGGUGUUUACGAAGAACCCUCAACGCAUAACGAAUGCUUCCAAGGAAAGAGGGCCAGACCACCAAAGAGCGCCUGCGGAAUUCAUGGAGAUGGGAGGCAAGGGAGAUCAACAACUCUACGGCGACGACGACUCCAGCGUUUAUCCAACCGGUGAAGCGGCGGCAAGGGGAGCCAAGAACACCAAAGCUCGUGCUCGUUGA